ACGCAGGUUCCCACAUCAAGGACUGGAAGGAGCACGAGUUACCUAGGUAGGAACUGUGGGAGCUAUUCCGUGAGUGUUCGAGAAGAUGCCGUACCUUGGCUCGGAGGACGUGGUGAAAGAGUUGAAGAAGGCUUUGUGUAAUCCUCAUAUUCAGGCUGAUAGGCUACGCUACCGGAAUGUCAUCCAGCGAGUGAUUAGAUCUGGCUCUCCUUGCCAUCAAUACACUGUGCAAAGACUGCUCGGACCCCAACCCGAUGGUCCGAGGGCUAGCACUACGAAGCAUGUGUAGCCUCAGGAUGCCUGGUGUGCAGGAAUAUAUCCAACAGCCUAUUCUCAAUGGUCUACGGGAUAAGGCUUCAUAUGUCAGGAGGGUGGCAGUCCUUGGCUGUGCCAAAAUGCAUAAUCUUCAUGGAGACUCUGAAGUGGAUGGUACCCUGGUAAAUGAGUUAUACAGUUUGUUGCGUGACCAGGAUCCAAUUGUGGUUGUGAACUGCCUGAGGUCUCUAGAGGAAAUUCUGAAGCAUGAAGGGGGCGUUGUCAUCAAUAAGCCCAUUGCCCAUCAUCUCUUAAAUCGAAUGUCAAAACUGGACCAGUGGGGCCAGGGUGAAGUAUUGAAUUUUCUGCUACGCUACCAGCCCCGCAGUGAGGAGGAGCUGUUUGACAUUCUCAAUCUAUUAGAUAACUUUCUCAAGAGUAGUAGUCCAGGUGUGGUGAUGGGGGCCACCAAACUCUUUCUGAUCUUGGCCAAAAACUUUCCUCAUGUACAAAAGGAUGUGCUUGUACGGGUCAAGGGACCUUUGCUUGCUGCAUGUUCUUCAGAGAGCCGCGAGCUCUGUUUUGCUGCCCUCUGCCAUGUACGCCAGAUCUUGCAUAGUUUGCCAGGUCACUUUAGCAGCCAUUACAAGAAGUUUUUUUGCUCCUACUCGGAGCCCCACUACAUCAAACUGCAGAAGGUGGAAGUGCUGUGUGAGCUGGUAAACGAUGAGAAUGUGCAGCAGGUGUUGGAAGAGCUUCGAGGGUACUGCACUGAUGUGUCUGCUGACUUUGCACAGGCUGCCAUCUUUGCCAUAGGUGGCAUUGCCAGAACCUACACAGAUCAAUGUGUGCAGAUUUUAACAGAGUUGCUGGGACUUCGACAAGAACAUAUCACCACAGUGGUGGUGCAGACUUUCCGAGACCUGGUUUGGUUGUGCCCUCAGUGUACCGAAGCUGUGUGUCAAGCCCUGCCCGGCUGUGAGGAGAACAUUCAAGAUAGUGAGGGGAAGCAGGCACUUAUUUGGCUUCUUGGUGUCCAUGGGGAAAGAAUUCCCAAUGCUCCUUAUGUGUUGGAGGACCUUGUAGAGCAUGUGAAGUCAGAGACGUUUCCAGCUGUUAAAAUGGAGCUACUCGCUGCACUGCUGCGCCUUUUCCUCUCUCGACCUGCUGAGUGCCAGGACAUGCUGGGGCGUUUACUAUAUUACUGCAUAGAGGAAGAAAAGGAUAUGGCAGUACGGGACCGAGGUCUUUUCUAUUAUCGCCUCCUCUUGGCUGGUAUUGAUGAAGUUAAGCGGAUCCUGUGUAGCCCUAAAUCUGACCCUUCUCUUGGACUUUUGGAGGAUCAGGCAGAAAGACCUGUGAAUAGCUGGGCCUCAGACUUCAACACAUUGGUGCCAGUGUAUGGCAAAGCCCGCUGGGCAACCAUCUCUAAACUCCAGUGGACAGAGCGCCAUGGCCCAGAGCUUCCUAACACUGCAUCCUUUGCCACAUCAGGACCCUUAAUUCCUGAAGAGGACAAGGAACGGAUACAAGAACUCCCUGAUUCUGGAGCCCUCAUACUAGUCCCCAAUCAUCAGAUUACUGCUGAAUAUUUUGAGAAAACUUGGCUUCGCCUCAAAGUUGCUCACCAGCAAAUGUUACCAUGGCAGGGAGCAGUCCAUCCUGACACCCUCCAGAUGGCCCUGCAGGUAGUGAACAUCCAGACCAUUGCAAUGAGCAGGGCUGGGGCUCAGCCGUGGAAAGCCUACCUCAGUGCUCAGGAUGACACUGGCUGCCUGUUCUUAACAGAGCUGCUGUUGGAACCUGAACAUUUAGAAAUGCAGAUCUCGGUGAAACAAAAUGAAGCAAAGACUGAGACACUGAACAGUUUUAUUUCUGUGUUACAAACUGUGAUUGGAACAAUUGGAGUCAUAAAAUCAUAGCAGAUCCUGGCUGCGUGUCGUAAGAUGGAUAGCUGUUAGAGUUCCUUAGUGUUUCUUGUUAGAGCUGCCUAUAAAUCCAUGGAAUAUCAGAUGCAAAGGAGAAUGGGAAAUCUAGGAAUCAGGAUUCUUAUGUUUUGUUUUUUGACUUACUUCCUCUUAUACCUGUUGGUGAACGACCCCACCUUCCCAUGGCAGUAUUGUAAAGGUUAAUAUUGGUAGUAGAUAUUGCAUUUUUGGGAUAGGGUGAAAAUGGAAUUUGAGUUUUUUCUAAUAAAUUUUUGGGAUUGUUUACUGAAAACAUCUGGUGUUUGUGGUAA